CGUGUCUGGACUUGGUGAGACGACGCCACGCAGAGGAAACGAGUCCGGGCUGAGUUCCGCCAUAGCGGUGGUAUACUUUGUCUCGCUCGCUACUUGUGACGCGACGCUUACCGACGCUCGGCGUUGUCCCCACCGGAUGCGCGAUCGGGUAAAAUUAACGCGAGUGUAAGUGCUUUGCUUCAUUUUAAUAUUUGCGAAUCGUACGAACUUCACUACAAUGGAGAGCAGGCCGGCGCCGCUCCGUUCCAGGCGGGUUUGUAGAUUUUGCCUAACGGAGACCGAGCCGCUGAAUUUCAUCUACGAGAGGGACCACAGCAAGCCCUUCCAGGUGCCGCUUACCCUGCAGAUUAUGUCGUGCGUCGCCAUCGAGGUAUACGCCGCGGAUGGAAUGCCACAGAUGAUAUGCACCAUGUGCCGCUGGAACUUGGAUCGCUCCUACAAAUUCAAGCUCCAGUGCAAGAAAGCAGACGAGGCUCUCAGAGCUUAUCCACUGUCAGGAGUCUUACCGAGACCGUUUCCACCUAUUUCAAAUGACCCACCCGAGACAGGCACUAAGAGGUUGGCCGAGCAGAGGAGCCAGAAUGAGCAGUCAAAGAAACCAAAGGUGGAAAACAAUGAACGCGACAGAAGAGACACCAGGGAGCGAGAGCGAGAACGAGAAAGACAGUCCGAGAAGCAGAUAAGCAAAGUUGAGCGUCAUGACCUGUAUGACGAGGAACAGGAUGGCGGGAGUGAAGGCGAUCAUGAAGCCUCUAACGAGAAGGAAGACAGGAAAUUAGAACCUGGUGAAAUAAGGGUUCACGCCUGUGAUCAAUGCGAUCGCACUUUCCCAUUGAGACAAGCACUCCAACUUCACGUGCAGCGAGCACAUCGUGAUCGCAACUACAAGUGCACUGAAUGCGACCGCAUGUUCUUCUCUAAGUACGAUCUGGCUAAGCAUAUGACCACGCAUUCCGAGGAGAAGCCAUUCACUUGUCCGAUUUGCCAUAAGCAGUUCUCACGAGCUAACCUUCUCCAACGCCAUGAGAAGGUUCACAGAGAGGAGUUGCGUUAUGGUUGUCAGCACUGUGACCGAGAAUUCUUUACUACUGAUGAACUAGAAAAGCACGAGGAGACCGUGCACAAAGCCAUCAAGCCCUAUCAAUGUAACAUUUGCAACAAACGCUUUACUUACAAGCAGGGUCUAGAGCGACAUGAGAUGCUUCAUAAUGAGGACAACACCUUUGUCUGUGAAUACUGCAAGGAAGCCUUCCGAACCAGCACUAAACUUGCUCGUCAUCUUUCUACCCAUUCUGGACAUAGGCCAUAUCUCUGCAAACUGUGUCCACGUACGUUUCUUCUCUCUCAUCAUCUUACUAGACACAUGCGUUCGCACUCUGUUGAAAAGCGACACGUUUGCGAGGACUGUGGCAAAGCUUUCAAACGCAAGGAAAGCCUUGAGGUACAUCAGCUAACUCAUAGUAAAAGGUCAGGCAUGGGUCUUACUUGCGACGUAUGUCAAGAGUCUUGUAGAAACAGGGCUGAUUAUGUGACACAUAUUAAACAGCAUAUUGAAGCUGGUGAGAAAAUGGGGCCAGAUGGAUUACCCCCUGACACUACAAAGGAUAAGCCAGAGACAGAUUCUGAAGAGGAAGAGGAAGAGGAACAGUACUCUGAUGGAGAUGAUGAUUAUGAGCCACCAUCUUAUAUUGUGAAGAAACUUCCAAAAACUACUGAUUUGCCAGACAGUGAGGAAGAACGUGACAGAACAGAGAAGGAAGACAGAAAGGAGCAGAUCGUCUUCGUACGUGGAAAGGAUGGGAACGUUGUCAAGAAAACAAUCAAAACCUUGAUGCCCAUUCAACGCAGAGAGAUUCAGGAAACGAAGAUGAAGCCAAGCCCAGCUGGUCAAUCAAAUUCAAAGGUUACUCCGAUCAAAUCUGAUGACACACCGAAGAGCCGCGUCGACGAGACCGAAGCACAGGUACAGAAAAUCGUCGCGUCAGUCUUCAAAGAACAUAAAAUACCCCUGAAACAUCAGAACAUUCCACAGGAACAAGCCAAGGACACCGCCGUGAGCUCCUCCAGUCAAAUCCACACCAGGUCUCAGUCCAGCCACACCACGCCGAAUCAGUCCAUGAAGGAAGAGAAGGCCGAUCCUGGCAGCGCUACUCCAAAAUCCGUUAACACGGUUAAGGUAAUCAAAAGGAUCGUUGUACGAAAAUCUGCAGGAGGUACCGAGACAUCAGGAUCAACAACCACCACCAAAGAGGCAGACAACACGUCGACGACUACUCAGGGUACUCCAGGGACAGCACACAAGGUCACGAAGCGAGUCAUCGUUCGCAGAAUCAUCAGGCAGGGUGACACGACCCGAGAAGUCAUCAUGAAUCCGGAUGGGACAAUCAUUGAUCCAGCAGAGCUUGCCAAACUGCCAGCUGGUAACGUUGUCAAAAGAGUAGUAGUAAAGAAGCCAAUGGACAAGAAUCAGACUCUGGCACAGAGUGUAUUGCAAACUAGUGAUCAUCGUCAGGGUACACCCAUAAAAACUGAACAAAUGGUUACUGAUUCGCCAAAAUUGGAAUUGAAAACAUCUCAGACAUCAACCCUAUCUUCUGCAUCUAUGAAGACUGUUACAGUGCAGAAGGUCGAGCAGACUCCAGGAACACCUUCGGGGCUGACUAAAGGAGAUCAGGAGACCAAGGAGAAGCUGGAACAACUUGAGAAACGCGUAGAGCAGCAACGUCUGAAGAUUGAAGAGCUGCAGGCCAGAAAGCAGCAGGAGUAUGAACCCAUGGACGAAAUGUUACCAGAGAGACAUGAUGAAUCUGAGGACGAGCAGCAAUUGCCGUUAAAGAGGGUUUUCGUUAAGAGGAAGCAAAGCAUUUAUGAUGAAGAACAAGAAUAUAAUGACAAUGAUAAGCCGAUUGUAUCUAAGGAGGAGAAUCAGAGUUCCUUGCAGGAGGAAAAGUUUAAGAUUGUCAAGGAAGACGUGAAGCAGCAGGAAUUGACAACGACGGAAUCGUCUAAGAAAGAUUAUAAGAAACCAACAGUGAUGAGUACGUCCAAGGUAUAUGGUAAUAAGAAGAUUGUCCUGGUGAAAACUGAAGAGCCAUCUGAAGUUGAAGAAAUGAGUCGUGAAUUGAGUAACAUCCUAGAUUCUGCAGAGAGCGUAGUGAAGAUGCAAGAGAAUGUUCUUAGUAGUCUCAGUCAGAUCCCAGCUAUUGGAGAAGGUGAGCGUAGAGUAGAGAUCGAGACCACAGAAGUUGAAAAUACAACAUCUAGUGAACCGAUGGAAGUAGUCGAAGAACAAAUUGCUGAAGAAUCUUGUAAGAUUGAAGACUCUGGCGUAGCCACUAAUGAGGAUAGUCAGGGUAACCAAGAUGUAGUGGAGCAACUGGAAAAUGAGGAUAAUACCACUGUUCUGGAUGAGAGUCAUGGUGAGUCCUUAUCUUUAACAGGUCAAGAUCUGUCCGAAGCCACAGAUAUAUUUGGAGCAUCAGAGUCGACGUUAGAUGGGCAAAAAUCUGAAGACAAUAAUCUUGAAGAUUCAGUAAUCACCUUGUCUCAAUCAAACGACACGAUCAAUCUGACUGACCCUAACGACACACAGGAUAGCCUCGAGGACAAACUCUCUCAAAUGGAAGGCUGAGUAAUAGUUUAUAUGUCUAUGCAAACAUAGGCUACGCCAUGAGGGAUCCACCAAGCCCCAUAUGCAGACAAAAAUAACUAGAUAGAAAUUACCUAGAUUUUACACGAUUUUAGAAAUACCUUGAUACGUGCACCUUCAUUAGAAAUGCGACACAUUAAAGCCAACAUUCUAUUCCAAAAGAUGGAUUCCCUUCAGCGUUCUACUCAACGGCAAUGUAUAAUCCAUUGCAACAUUAAAGUAGCCAAUAUACCGUAUGUUUCAUCCCAAGUAGGAUACCUGAAGUUGUCGCGAUCGAAAAUGAAUUAAAACUUCUUACCAUACAAAUGGAUAAUUCGUUCGGUAAACGCGAUUAUUAUUACUCGUUUUCUAUCGCAGCAACUUCAAGUGUCCUACUUGGGGUGGGACAUACGGUAUACUACGUAUAUUACUAUCGCCAUUAUUUCUUAUAGAUACGUCCCGAAAUUCACUACAAAUACUGCGAAUAUGGUUAUGUCUCAAUCAAUUGCAUUCAAGUAAACAAGGACACAACGAUACACGCAGUCUCGGCAGUGAAUUUCAUAACGUACGCUAUGUAUGUUCACUCUUCUUUGUAACUUUUAAAAUGUAUAAGCUGAUUCUAGUUAGACGGGAAAUUGUAAAAGAUAUAUGGAAUAAGUAUGGUACACUUAUGUAAUACCAUGGAUAACUGAAAACAGAUAUUAAUCAAGUAUCCUUGAGAUUUUCUUGCGUAUACGGGCAUUUUAUUUUCAAUCUUUUUUUUAUAAGAAUUUUACAAGACCUAUAAAAGAAUAUGUAAAAUUUUGUUUACAGUCGAAAACUAAAUCGCAUCCCAUAAACGUCUUGUCUGGUGAAAAAUUAAAUAAUUAACAAAUAAUUGUAUGAAUUUGCAGUUUAAGUUAUUAACGCCAGAUAUCACUAAACACGUCCUUCUCAAUCCCGCACAUUUUAUUUCAAAUACUUCUCAGUUGCGCCCGUACACGCUUGUAUAUACCAUGCAAGGAAUUGCAAAUUUGUAAUUAUCUUUCUUCAAGUUUUCAGCACAAAGAUAAACGACAACUGAUUGUCUGCAACAUCUGCAUUCGCUGAGCUAUUAUUUUAUUGGAUGUGGAUUAACUAUCGAUCGACGUAUACCUUCUUAUCAAUAAUAAUAAUAAUAAUAAUCACGUAUAAUAUACGACGUAUUCCGUGCAGUAUUACAGAAUACGUCGUGUGAAUUAAGACAGUAAGAAAAUCACAGUAUGGAUUCGAACACGUCGCUAUCUAUAAGUGUUUGAUUAUCUAAGGACACAGUAAUCCACAGUAAGUAGAUUAUACGAAAAGCAAAGAAAAAAUAGAAUAUAAUGAAUUAAGCAUACAAUUUAUUUGUAAACUUCUGUAUCAAAUACAAAGUGUGGUGUGUACGUGUCCAAUGA